CAGCUGCGUACGUUCCACAAUGUAUGUCGCCAUCGCGCAUAUGCUGUGACAAAGAAAGCGUGUGGAAGCUCGACAGUACUGGGGUGCAGGUACCACGGAUGGAGUUAUGAUACAAAAGGACACCUGAUUAAAGCUCCGGAGUUCGAAAACGUGGCAGAAUUUGACAAAGAGAAGAACGGGCUAUGGGAAGUGAAGACUGAGGUUCGGGAGGGGAUGGUAUGCAUCAACUUUGAUGCGGGUCGCGAUAUUGAAAGUAUGAGUCCCGCAGAGGGGGAAAUCAUGCUGAGAAGAUGGGGUGUGGCAAUGAUGCAAUGCGUUGUAGAUUGGAAGAUUGAAGCAUCCGUGAACUGGAAGUCCCUUGAAACAUUGAAGAUGCACACUUCGUCGGAAAUCGAUCAAAUGAUUGCAAACGCGCAAGAGAGUCGAAGGCAGGGAUCCUCUUCUUCCUUCACUACCUCUGCUCUACAGGCUCACAUGAACGAACUGCUGGAGGUGCAUCUCAGUGCGGAGAGAAGAGCAGGUGCCGAGAUUCAUCCUGCAGCUCAAAUCCAGAACUUCUCUAUGGAAGGUAAAGCUGAUGAUGAAUGUAAGAAGGUCUCUCCUGGUGUGUUGAGUGAUUUGCUAACAUCGUCACGCAGUCUGUAA